AUGGAGAUCCGUCACAAAAAUUCAAGCCUAGUAGGGGGAUUCGACAAGGAGCUAGAUCCCCUCUCCCCCUACUUGUUUGUGAUGUGUAUGGAACGCUUCUACCAAGUUAUUGAGGAAGCCAUUGUAGCUAAAACUUGGCAGCCAAUUCGUGCGAGUCGUAAUGGUCCCCUCCUGUCGAAUUUGUUCUUUGCCGAUGAUAUUGUAUUAUUUGCUGAGGCUAAUUGUGAACAAGCCCAUGUAAUUAAGCACUGCUUGGAAAGGUUCUGUGGUGCGCCUGGCCAAAAAGUUAGCCUCCCCAAAUCACGAGUCUAUUUCUCCAACAAUGUCAGUGAUUCAAAGCAACUGGAAAUUAGCUCAUGUCUGGGAAUGGAAGCUACUACUGACCUUGGUAUGUAUUUGGGGAUGCCAUCACUGACUAGCCGAGUGACCAGGGAAACGUUUGGCCAUCUUUGUGAGAAAAUCGAUCGGCGACUCUCAGGUUGGAAGACAAAAUACCUUUCUCUUGCGGGCCGGAUCACUUUGGCAAAAUCUACUUUGUCAACCAUUGCUUGCUACUCUAUGCAAACGGCUAAGAUACCUCGCACAAUCUGUGAUGAUAUUGACAGAAAAACAAGGAGAGCCAAGUAUUGUAAAGGGAGAUGUGAUAUCGAUAUGUUUGAACCCAAGACGGGGAUGUCAAAUGUGUGGCGUGGUAUAACAGAUAAUGCCAAGCUUCUAUGUGAGGGUAUGCGCAUGGAAGUGGGCAAUGGCUCCCAAACCCUCUUUUGGGAUCACAAGUGGGUUACUAAUCAACCUUUGAGUGACCUCGCAACAGAACCAAUCCCUUUGAGUAUUGCUGGUGCUACGGUUGCUGAGAUGUGGGAAAUUAAUCAUGGGUGGCGUUGGGAGGUGUUUGCGCCAUACCUACACUCUGACACAUUAAAGCUCAUCCAAUCACAUGAGUUGAGAAUGGAUAGUGAAGUUGGGGAUCUGGUUUACUAG